AUGGAUAAUCAACUUCAAAGUUUGAAUUGCAUGGAUAAAACGAUAACUUUACAAAUAACAUCAGCUUAUGGAUUCGGUUUGCUUAAAGGAUCUAUUGUAAUACAUGCAACGUUCUUGAAUAAAAAAAAUAUAACACCAGAAAUUCCAAUAAAUCAAAAUGUAUUGAAAAUUACCUCAGAUAUUAUAUGGUACAUGAAUAAUGCUACUUUGAAAAAGUCAAAAAUGUCUAAUACAUCGAUAAAAAUUGAAUGUUAUAAUGUUCCAAUAAACAAAUCUAGUUCAAAUAAAAUGCUUGGUUAUCUAUUAUUAAAACUGAAAGGGGCACAAACUAUUAAUCCAACUUCCAAUGAUCGAAUUGAAAAUAAAUCAUACAAAUUAAUAGGAUCAAAAACUGGUAGUUAUCAUUUAAAUUUAUCAUUGCGAAUUGAAGAUAACAAUGUUAAAUCUGUUGACAAAUUUACAGAAAAAAAUAAAAAUUUAAAUCCAAAAAUUAAAGAGAAUUUAAAAAAAGAAGAAGAAAUUAAAUAUCAUGAUAAAAACGUUGAAUUAGUUUUACCAAAAUCUGUUAAUAUYCCCUCAGAACAAAUAAGUUUACCAGAAAAUGAUAAUCCCCAAAAGAUAUUCACGAAUAUUCAACAAAAAUUAAUUGAAGAAUUAGAAGACUGGAAAGACAAACAAAUGCUAUUAUUUAAUGAAAAGAUGAAAACAAAAGAAGAACAACUAUUAAAAGAUUUUAAUGAUAAAUGGUCAGAUAAUAGAAAACAAUCCGAAGAGAAAUUAACCAACGCUAUGUUAAAGUGUAAAGAAUUAGCUAAAGAUUUGGAAAAAAAGUCUGAUAUGUUAAAAGAAAGGGAUACUAUAGUUACAGCCAAAGAAUUAGAAUUCACAAGCCAAAAAGAUAAUAUGGAAAAUAAAUACAUUGAUUUAGUUCAAAAUAUGCAAUUUUCAAAUACGCAAACAAUUAAUGAGUUGAAUAAUAAAUUUUCUGAAGUGGAGGCUAAUUUGCAUACAUCAGAAAAACUUAAUAUUUUAUUAAGAAAAGAAAAUGAAGCGUUGAAAUAUGAUAUCGAUACCAAUUGUGGCUUUCAAGUACAAGAAUUAGAAAAAAAAAUUGCAAAUUUAGAGUAUAAAAUUGAAGAAGCUAAUAAGUCUCGUGUGUUCUUCAAAGAGCGAUGGAUAGCAUCUGUAAAAAAAAUUAACCAAAUGUACACCAAAUUUCACGAAACUAAAAUCAAUAAGCAUUUAUUUAACAAUAAACAAAAGAUUCAUAACGUAUUAACUGAUAAAUUAGAAGAAUGGCAACAAGACAAACAACAAAUAAGAUCACUAUUAAAUGAUUUAAGUAAAUUACGGCAGGAUAUGACCAACAUUAAUUAUUUGGACUUUUGA